AUGGCAAGCCUGCUCUCUCCCACAGGCAGCGGUGUGUUCCGCCACUUCACCCCGGAAUCACUGGCGGAGAUCGAGAGGCGUAUCGAGGAGAAGAAAAGCGGGCAGGAAGUAGAAGAGGCAGAGCCGGAGCUGGUGGGACCCAGCAGUGACUUGGAGGCAGGCAAGAGCCUGCCCAUGAUCUACGGAGAUGCACCAGCAGACAUGCUCAACACUCCUCUGGAGGACAUUGAUCCUUUCUUCAAAGCAAAGAAAACUUUCAUUGUCCUCAGCAAAGGAAAUACAAUCUUUAGGUUCAAUGCUGAACCCGCCUGCUUAAUUCUCAGUCCUUUCAACCCGAUCAGAAGAGGAGCUAUCAGAAUUCUCAUACAUAAAUAUUUCAGCAUGCUCAUCAUGGUCACCAUUCUUACAAAUUGUGUGUUCAUGACCAUGAGCAACCCUCCCUCCUGGAGUAAAACUGUUGAAUAUGUUUUUACUGGUAUAUAUACCUUUGAGGCGACAGUCAAAGUAUUGUCGCGAGGCUUCUGCAUUGGACCUUUCACAUUCCUUCAAGACCCAUGGAAUUGGCUGGAUUUCAUGGUGAUCAGCAUGGCGUAUAUCACUGAGUUUGUUGACCUUGGCAACGUGUCAGCUCUCAGGACGUUCCGUGUACUCAGAGCUCUCAAAACCAUUACUGUUAUUCCUGGUUUGAAAACCAUUGUUGGGGCUCUGAUCCAGUCAGUGAAGAAAAUGGUGGACGUGAUGAUCCUGACUGUCUUUGCUUUGGCUGUGUUUGCUCUUAUUGGCUUGCAGCUGUUCAUGGGAAAUCUGCGUCACAAAUGUAUACGCUGGCCACUUCCCAACAUGGAUCCCAUGUUCAGUGAUGACAAUUCCACUAUAACUUUUAAUGAGACCAUGGAUACCAACAGCACAUUUGACUUCGAGGCAUACAUCGAAAAUGAAGAAAAUCAGUACUUUUUGGAUGGCAGCCUGGAUGCCCUCCUUUGUGGAAACAGCUCUGAUGCUGGGAAGUGCCCAGAGGGAUUUACGUGUAUGAAGGCUGGAAGGAAUCCCAACUAUGGCUAUACCAGCUAUGACUCCUUUGGAUGGGCUUUCCUCGCACUCUUCAGACUUAUGACUCAGGACUACUGGGAGAACCUCUUUCAGCUUACCUUGCGUGCUGCAGGGAAGACCUACAUGAUCUUCUUUGUGGUCGUCAUCUUCCUGGGCUCCUUCUACCUCAUCAACCUGAUCCUGGCUGUGGUUGCCAUGGCAUAUGAUGAACAAAACGAGGCCACAAUGGCUGAGGCACGGGAGAAAGAGGAGGAGUUUCAGAGACAUCUGGAACAACUGAGGAACCAAGAGAAAGAGAUGCAUGCAGGCAGUAAAGCAUCAUUGGCCAGUCAGACCACUCACAGUCGAGACACAAAUGACGGAAACCAUCAUGAAGAUGAUGAUGUAAAGGACUGUAAUGGCAGGAUUGUGCCUCGACUUGUCAUUGACAGAGCCUCAUCCUCAUCAGAGAAAGACGAUGAUGAGGUGAAGACAGAUGAAAAGUCCAUGGGCUCCAAACACAGCAUGCUCCACCUGGAUUUUCCACCAAUGGCAAAGCGAGCAGCUAGUGCUAUGAGCGUAUUUACUGCAAAUAUGGAAGAGCUGGAGGAGGCUCAGAAACCUUGCCCGCCUGGCUGGUAUAAGUUUGCCAACUUCUUCCUGAAGUGGGACUGCUGCAUGCCCUGGGUGAUCUUUAAGAAAUGGGUUCAUUUUGUGGUGAUGGACCCUUUUGUGGAUCUGGGCAUUACAAUCUGCAUUGUCCUCAAUACAUUAUUUAUGGCCAUGGAGCACUACCCCAUGAGCCCUGAAUUUGAGAAUGUGCUAACUGUGGGCAAUCUAGUGUUCACAGGGAUCUUUACUGCAGAAAUGGUAUUUAAACUCAUAGCCAUGGAUCCCUACUACUACUUUCAGGUGGGCUGGAAUAUUUUUGACAGCAUUAUUGUCACACUCAGUCUGGUGGAGUUAGGUCUGGCCAACGUCCAGGGCCUGUCUGUUCUCAGGUCCUUCCGUUUGCUGCGUGUUUUCAAGCUGGCUAAAUCCUGGCCCACCCUCAAUAUGCUGAUCAAGAUCAUCGGUAACUCAGUUGGUGCUCUGGGUAAUCUUACUCUGGUGCUGGCCAUCAUUGUCUUCAUCUUCGCCGUGGUCGGAAUGCAACUCUUUGGCAAGAGCUACAAAGACUGCGUGUGUAAAAUCGCACAGGACUGCGAGCUGCCACGGUGGCACAUGAAUGACUUCUUCCACUCCUUCCUCAUCGUCUUUCGCAUCCUGUGUGGCGAAUGGAUUGAGACCAUGUGGGACUGUAUGGAGGUUGCCGGCGCAGGAAUGUGUCUAGUCGUCUUCAUGAUGGUCAUGAUCAUUGGCAACCUUGUGGUGUUAAAUCUUUUCUUGGCUUUGCUGCUCAGUUCGUUCAGUGGAGAUAACCUUUCUGGAGGAGAUGAUGACAAUGAGAUGAACAAUCUCCAGAUUGCAAUUGGACGCAUCCAUAGAGCAGCUGACUGGGUUAAAGCCUUCGUCGCUGGACUGGUUCUACGGAUCCUUGGAAAGAAGCCCCCUGACGAUGACACUGGGGAUGACGGAGAAGGCAAAAAAGAAACCUACUCUCUGAACCAUCUGGAUGGGGGUAAACUCACAGAUGGGUUUUCCAACAGCCUGGACGAUGGGCCAGUCCAAGGUGAUGGACCUUUGGUUGUGCCAAUUGCCAAAGGGGAAUCUGAUGUAGAAGAUGAUGAAUCAGAGGACUCAUCAGAUGAUGAAGCUAUGGAUGAAAGCGAUGGUAUAAAGCUGAUGGGUGCUCUUGAAGAUGAUGAUUCAUCAGUCUGCAGCACAGUGGACUACAGGCCUCCAGAACCGGAGCCAGAAGAAGAAGAGGAGGAGGAAGAGCCUGAGCCUGAAGAACCCGAAGCCUGUUUCACAGAAAACUGUGUGAGGCGAUGUCCUUGUCUGAGUGUAGACAUCACACAAGGACGGGGAAAAACCUGGUGGAACCUUCGGAGAACCUGCUUCACUAUCGUGGAGCAUGACUACUUUGAAACUUUCAUCAUCUUUAUGAUCCUCCUCAGCAGUGGAGCAUUGGCAUUUGAAGAUAUAUACAUAGAACGUCGCAGGGUGAUCAAGAUCAUCCUGGAGUAUGCAGACAAAGUCUUCACAUAUAUCUUUGUUGUGGAGAUGUUGCUUAAAUGGGUAGCAUAUGGCUUCAAGACAUACUUCACCAGUGCCUGGUGCUGGUUGGACUUCCUUAUUGUGGAUGUAUCCCUCAUCAGUUUAACUGCCAAUCUGAUGGGCUACUCUGAAUUGGGGCCAAUCAAAUCUCUCCGAACGCUCAGGGCUCUUCGGCCUCUCCGAGCCCUCUCCAGAUUUGAGGGAAUGAGGGUUGUGGUGAAUGCCUUGGUGGGAGCCAUUCCCUCUAUCUUUAAUGUGCUGCUGGUGUGUCUGAUAUUCUGGCUCAUCUUCAGUAUAAUGGGGGUCAACCUGUUUGCCGGAAAGUUCUACAAGUGUAUUAACACUACAACUGAUGAGAUGUUUCCCAUCGAGAUAGUUAACAACAUGAGUGACUGUAUUGCACUCAUGCAUACCAACGAGGCGCGCUGGGUUAAUGUCAAAGUCAACUAUGACAAUGUUGGCUUGGGUUACCUCUCCCUACUGCAAGUGGCUACUUUUAAAGGAUGGAUGGACAUCAUGUAUGCUGCCGUGGAUUCCCGAGAGAUCGAGGAGCAGCCUUCCUACGAGAUUAACCUCUACAUGUACCUAUACUUCGUCAUCUUCAUCAUUUUUGGCUCAUUCUUCACUCUCAACCUCUUCAUCGGUGUCAUCAUUGAUAACUUCAAUCAGCAAAAGAAAAAGUUUGGAGGGGAAGAUAUCUUCAUGACAGAGGAACAGAAAAAGUACUAUGAUGCCAUGAAGAAGCUUGGCAACAAGAAACCUGCCAAACCUAUCCCAAGACCUUCGAAUAAGAUCCAGGGAGCAGUAUUUGAUUUAAUCAGUCAGCAGUUUUUUGACAUCUUCAUCAUGGUGCUUAUCUGCCUCAACAUGGUGACCAUGAUGGUGGAGACUGAUAACCAGAGUGAAGAGAAAGUGAAUAUUCUGUACAAGAUCAAUGUAGUCUUCAUUGUCAUAUUCACUACAGAAUGUGUACUCAAGAUGUUUGCACUCAGGUACUACUUCUUCACCGCUGGAUGGAACGUCUUUGAUUUUAUUGUCGUCAUCCUUUCAAUAGCUGGUUUAAUGUUAUCUGACAUCAUUGAGAAGUACUUUGUGUCACCUACAUUAUUCCGUGUCAUCCGACUGGCCAGGAUUGGGCGUGUGCUACGUCUCAUUAGAGGAGCAAAAGGCAUCCGGACACUCUUAUUUGCCCUCAUGAUGUCACUUCCUGCUCUAUUCAACAUUGGUUUGCUACUCUUCUUGAUCAUGUUCAUCUUCUCCAUCUUUGGCAUGUCUAACUUUGCCUAUGUGAAAAAGGAGGCAGGUAUUGAUGACAUCUUCAACUUUGAGACAUUUGGCAGUAGCAUCAUCUGCCUGUUUGAGAUCACUACCUCUGCUGGAUGGGAUGGACUCUUGCUUCCCAUGUUGAACAGUGGACCUCCAGACUGCGAUCCUGAUAUUGAGAACCCUGGGUCAGAAGUGAGGGGCAACUGUGGGAACCCGGGAAUGGGGAUUAUGUUCUUUUGCAGCUAUAUCAUCAUGUCUUUCCUGGUGGUUGUAAACAUGUACAUUGCUAUCAUCCUUGAAAAUUUUAAUGUAGCACAGGAGGAGAGUAGUGACCUUCUGUGUGAGGAUGACUUUGAGAUGUUCAAUGAGACAUGGGAAAAAUUUGACGUCGAUGCCACGCAGUUCCUGGAGCACAGCCGCCUCUCCGAGUUUUGUGAUACACUGCAAGAGCCACUGCGCAUUCCCAAGCCUAACAAGCUCAAACUGAUCUCCAUGGAUUUUCCCAUUGUUACAGGAGACAAAAUUCACUGUCUGGACAUCUUGCUGGCUCUAACCCAAGAGGUUCUUGGUGACACAGUGGAGAUGGCUGCCAUGAGAGAAAGCAUCGAGACUAAGUUCAAGAUGAACAACCCAACCUCAGCCUCUUUUGAACCAAUCACGACCACACUAAGGAGGAAAGAGGAGGAGCUAGCAGCUGUAGUGAUUCAGAGAGCUUAUCGCAAACACCUCUUGACACGCUCUUUACGCCACGCCUCCUUCAUGAGGCGUUCAAAGCGGAAAGUGAGGCGACAGGAAGAUGAGGAGCCACCAGAGACAGAAGGCUUGAUUGCUCGGAAGAUGAAUGCACUCUAUGGCAGCAACCCAGAACUGGCCAUGGCCAUGGAGCUUAAGGCUAGGCCCAUGCCACCCAAUGCUGCCCCACCCAAAGCCACCUCAUCUGAGCCCACCAAGCAUGUAACCUAUCCUCGGCCCCAGGGCCGGAUGAUGGUAGUUCCUGUGGAGGUUACAAGUGAGGUGGUCCUUCAUUCUGCUCCAAAAACCACAAGAGACCUGUCAAGUUCAGAGGUUGCUGCUUUAAGGGAGUCCAUUGUAUAA